ACCUGAAAACACCUGCGACCCAUUUACACGCUAGGAACUGUGAAUGGCAACGAUUGUCAGCUGAUAACAACUGUGGCAGUUUGACCAUUCCACUGAAAACGACACCAUGCUGGGAGAGAGCCUGAGCCUGUUCAAACGAAAGAAAACUAUUUUUGCCGCCCUCGCAGGACUGGGCUUGCUGGGCCUCGUCGCGGUCUACAAUUGUGGAGCAAAUAAUCCAACGGCAGCAGCGCUGCAGGAUAAAUGUUUAUUCUGUGAUUUUGCCAAUGGACGACAGGGUCCGCCUCCAGUGCUGGAGGUUCAAACUGACGAAUAUGUGAUAUUCAAGGAUAAAAGUCCCGCGGCAACGUACCACUACCUGGCCAUACCCAAGCAGCACUUUGAUAGCUUCAGUGUACUCAACAGAUCCCACAUUGGACUUGUGAUGCAGAUGGAGUCUGGCAUGGUGGAGCUGCUCAAGUCGAAGAACGUGGACCCUUCCAAGGCAAUUAUUGGAUUUCACAUCCCGCCAUUCAUCUCAGUGAAGCAUCUGCAUCUACAUGGCAUCUAUCCCCCGUCGGAGAUGAGUUUGUGGAAUCGCAUCAACUUCAUGUCUUCGUUUUGGUUCAAAACGGCCAAGGACGCCAACGAAGCGCUGGAACUGAGAGAGUUGUAACAAUGGACAACCCCGUGUAAAUAUCCCCAAAGCUGUGUUUAUGUGUACCCUUGCAUUUCCAAUUGUAAAUAGACACAUUGUUGCUUUUAAUUAGCAUUAAGUGAGAAACCAGUUACCUGUGCACGUAAACUAUCGUAUCGAAUCAAGAUAUCAGUGAUAGCAGUCGUACUAAUGUCUCGGCCAAAGACUUGUGUAAAAAUCACCUCAGACUCGAGCCAUUUAAUAAUUCUACAAUAUUUUAUGUUAAAAUAUAAAGUUUAAUUUAGUUA